GGUGUGGCUUCACUGUAGAAAACUAUAGAAUCACACUCACAAAUUUGAGUUUAAAUUUGUUUGAGUUUUGAGACGAGGCGCAAAGAUGAGUUUGCUGAAGAACACUGGAAAGCUUGCUGGUACGACUCUAUUCAUCACGGGUGCCAGUAGAGGAAUUGGUAAAUCUAUUGCAUUAAAAGCCGCUCAAGACGGAGCCAAUAUUGUAAUAGCAGCCAAAACUGCUGAGCCUCAUCCUAAACUACCAGGAACCAUAUUCACAGCUGCUAAAGAGAUUGAGGCAGCUGGUGGUUCAUGUCUACCCUGUGUAGUUGACAUAAGAGAGGAGUCUCAGAUUCAAGCUGCUGUUGAUAAAGCAGUUGAGAAGUUUGGUGGCAUUGAUAUAUUGGUCAAUAAUGCUAGUGCCAUCAGCCUCACAAGAACACUUGAUACAACAAUGAAGAAAUAUGAUCUAAUGAUGGAUAUCAAUACAAGAGGUACCUUCCUGACAUCGAAAUUGUGUCUUCCUCAUUUACUGAAGAGUAAGAAUCCCCACAUUCUCAACAUUAGCCCACCAUUGAAUAUGAAACCAAUCUGGUUUGCUAAUCACUGUGCUUACACAAUGGCAAAGUACGGCAUGUCUCUCUGUGUCCUUGGCAUGGCUAAAGAAUUCCAGGAAAGUGGUGUAGCUGUUAAUGCAUUAUGGCCUAGAACAAGUAUUGCUACUGCUGCCAUUGAGAUGUUAAUGGGUGAAUCUGGAACCAGUGAAGCUCGUAAACCAGAGAUUAUGGGAGACGCAGCUUACGCCAUAUUAACUAAACCUAGUCGUGAGCUUACUGGCCAGUUCCUGAUUGAUGAUGAUGUGGUUAGGAAAGAAGGCGUGUCUGACCUGGAGCCUUAUAGUGUUACACCAGGUAGCGAGCUAAUGCCUGAUUUCUUUUUAGACGAGGCCGAGAAAUACUUGAACUCUUUCUUCUCCUCCUCCUCCUCCUCCUCGCCUCCAGACAUUAAUACUCCUGCUGGUAUAUUCAACAGCAUUCGCUCAAUGGCCAGCGAAGCCAUUGUCAAACAAAUGGGAGCCACGUACCUUUUUGUACUCAGCGGCGAGAACAGCGGAAACUGGCUCCUUGAUUUAAAAACCGGGUCAGGCUCCAUACAAGAGGUAUCUGAGGAUACAUCAGCUGACGUUACGUUCACGAUGGACUCAAAGCACAUGGUGGAGCUGUUUCAAGGGAAGAUCAAUGCCACAGCUGCUUUCAUGACCGGGAAACUCAAGAUAUCGGGGAAUAUGGGGCUGGCAAUGAAACUGGAUAAACUUUUAGGACAAGUGAAAUCAAAGUUAUAAAGAGGAACUAGACUGGUAUUAAAUAUUGAGAGUGACUUUGUGAGAGUGUCUACUAGUAUAGUGAUAAAUUAAUUUUAAUACUACUGCUAUUUUUAGCACAAUAGUGUGUGAUGAUAAGAUUUUGUUACUGCGUCGUUUUAAAGUAGUUAUAGUUAUU